UGGGAAAGUGGACAUAAACAAGUUUUUUUUAAACAAAUAAAAUAAACAAGUUUACAAAAGCUAACUACUACCGAGCUGAUUAUUUCCUGUAACAUCACUGUGUAUAACAGCUACUCCUAAAUACUUUUCCCGUCAUUAGUGUGUUACAGGAAAACAUGUAAGACGAGUAGUUCUGAAGCUUGGUUGACAUUAAAAAUAUGUCCCACCCCAGAAACAGGGACGUGCUGCCCCCUAUCAGCAGUGACAUGCCCCGCCCCGCCUAUCAGCAUCUCCAGUCAGUGUAGAGGAGCUGGGAGUCUGGAGGAGCAGGAGCAGGCAGCACAGAGUUCAGCGGCUCCCGCGUUCGUCCGACACUUAGCUAGAGCUGCUCCCCAGGCAGUGGAGGUGAUGAUGGCGGCGGCUGUAGAGAGAGGAGGCGUCCGGGCCGCUUUCCUGAACCCGAGCAGCGGUGGCGGUGGUGGACCAGCACCGACGAGCCUCCCAACCGGAGCCUUAGCCGGGGCUGUGGUCCUGGGCUCCGGCAGCAUGCCUGUGCCCAUGAACCUCUUCGCGACAUGGGAGAUAGACCGAUCAUCCCCAAGCUGCGUUCCGAGGCUCUGCAGCCUCACAUUGAAAAAGCUGGUCGUCCUCAAAGAACUGGAUAAAGAGCUGAAUUCCCUGUCAAUAGCUGUCAAAAUACAGGGUUCUAAGCGUCUUCUGAGAUCAAACGAGUAUGUCCUCCCACCCAGUGGACUGAUGGAGACAGAUCUGGAGCUUACAUUCUCACUACAGUACCCCCAUUUUCUCAAGAGGGAUGCCAACAGACUGCAGAUUAUGCUGCAGAGGAGAAAACGCUACAAGAAUCGAACCAUCCUGGGCUACAAAACUUUGGCUGUGGGAGUUAUAAACAUGGCUGAGGUGAUGCAACACCCAACAGACGGAGGACAGAUUCUGGGUCUCCAUAGCAACGUGAAGGAGGCGCCAGUGCGCGUGGCGGAGAUCAGCGUGUACUCUCUGUCCAGCCAGCCCAUCGACCACGAGGACGGUAGCGGCCAAGCUGGCCGCAAGACCAAAACCUCAGACCGCUCCCCAGAUAUGGACAACUAUUCUGAGGAGGACGAUGACAGCUACUCGUCAGAGCAGGAAGCCAGUGAUGACGCAGUUCACGUCCAGGAUCUUUAUGAUGAAGACGAUGAGGUCAGGAAGCCCAAGAAACCCCGGAGGAAAAUGAUCCGAACCACCUCCAUGACCAGACAACCUAACUUUAAGCAGAAAUUUGUGGCCUUGCUGAAGAGGUUCAAGGUUUCAGAUGAGGUCCUGGACUCUGACCCAGUCGACCAGACCCAGGAGGUGGAGGAGGAUCUGGACUUACUCUACGACAGUCUGGAGGUAUACAACCAGAGUGACAGUGGGCCAGAGAUGGAGGACAACGAGAGUGUCCUGAGCACGCCCAAGCCCAAACUCAAGCCGUUUUUUGAAGGGAUGUCUCAUUCCAGCUCUCAGACAGAAAUUGGAAGCAUACACAGCCAAAAAAGCCAGCAGAGAGAGCUGUCAUGUCCAAGUGGAGAGUUUCUGACCGUGGACAGAUGUAAAGUGCAAGGGGCCAGGUAUCAAGAUGACAGCAUCACAGAUACAACCAUCGGGGAGCCAGAACCUGAUGACAGCGGGCCUGGGCCGGGGGAGGUGAGCAGCUGGGAUGUCAACACUGAACGGAUAACCAGCUCUGUUGGCAAGCUCUGCAAGACGGAGUCUCAAAACCACAUGUCUCCCAGUAAAAUGGAGAACAGGCUGCAGAGGCGUCCUCGCAGCACGUCCAUGAAAGACAGACAGAACUCCAAGGCCCAGAGCGACAGAACCAGCAGCAUGGAGAGCGAGUGCUCACCAGACUCGCGACUCAUCGCGCAGGUUCCUAGGAAGUCUGUGUAUGACCAGCUGAACCAGAUCCUCAUCUCUGAUGAACGACUGCCGGAGAGCAUCAUCCUCAUCAACACUAUGGAGUGGCAAGGACAGUACGUAGCUGAGUUGCUCCAUGAACAGGCCCAGCCCAUUGUGUCCACCUGCUCUGCUGCCGAUGUUCAGGCUGCCUUCAACACCAUCGUUACUCGCAUCCAGAGAUUCUGUAACUGCAACGCACAGACACCACCCACGAUGAAGGUGGCGGUAGCAGGCGACCAGAGUUACCUCAGCACCAUCCUGAGGUUCUUUGUGGAGCAGCUGGCCAACAAGACACCUGACUGGCUCAGUUACAUACGCUUCCUGGUGAUCCCCAUAGGUUCUCACCCCCUGGCAAAGUAUGUGGCCUCCUUUGACAGCAGGUUCAACAGCAUCUUUAUGGACACUGCAUGGAGGGAGCUGUUCUGCAGGACGGAACGGCCCGCCUCAGAUAACAUAGAUGUAGCAGGACGAGUCUUUCAGUAUCUGGCAGGGGCCAACGUGUCCCACCAGUUCCCCAUCUCAGAAGCCAUGCUCACCUACAAACAAAAGAGCCCUGAUGAGGACUCAUGUCAGAAAUUUGUGCCAUUUAUUGGGGUUGUGAAAGUUGGAAUUGUAGAGCAAAGUCUUUCAACUUCAGUGGACUCAGAUGAUGCCAUGGGGGUCAACACAAGCAUCCUGUCCUCCCCAACGCCUCCAUCGGCUGGUCCGUAUGGGAAGGAGAUUGGGGGCACUCCUCCACAGUCUCCCUCUGUGUCCACCGCCCUUUCAGGAGCUGGUUCUCCGUGUUCGGGCAGUGAAGUGAUGGGGCUCCAGGUGGAUUACUGGACGUGGCAAGGCCCGGAAAAGAAGAAAGAAGGAGAGAAGAGAGACGUGGGACUGAAGAACACCCUGAAGAGCAACUUCCGUUCACUGCAAGUCAGCCGCCUGCCUUGUGGAGGGGAACUCACCCCUCCACCCAGCAUGGCCAUGACUGUAGUCACCAAGGAAAAGAACAAGAAAGUGAUUUUUCUCAGCAAGAAACCCAAGGAGAAAGAGCUGGACUCUAAGAGCCAAGUGAUUGAUGGUAUCAGCAGGUUGAUCUGCACAGCCAAGCACCAGCACACGAUGCUGAGAGUCACUAUUGAUGGAGUGGAGUGGCACGAUGUGAAGUUUUUCCAGCUCGCUGCCCAGUGGCCAACACAUGUCAAGCAUUUCCCGGUGGGAAUCUUUGGUUACACUAAGCCCGUGUGACCCUGGCUGCCAUCCACCCAACCGCCACCAGACUCUCCGCUGCACUUGUCUCACCGAGAGGCUACAGAGAAUUCGAGGGAAAAAAAAAACGGCAGUAAUAGUUUUCCUGUGGAAAUCUUGCUGACUCACAAGCACGUGUUCAAUACACAAAAUGUUCAUGUUGUCAAUUUGAUGUUUUUGAUGUUGUUGGGUGUUGUUGUUGUUUUUUACACACUACAAAAAGAACAAGUACUAUUUUGUAAGAUUUGUGCUACCGCCUCGGAGGUAUUUUGAGGUUUUUGACAAUUUGCCACAUUUCGAUAAUGGCAGCUGUGUUUGCACUUUGUUUUUGUUAACAUUUUAUUAUUUCUGUGAAAUCCUACAUUUAUUGUUACUCUAUAGACAAUGGAGGAGUGUGAUGGUGAUGUGCAGUGGCGUGUGUGAGAUUGUUUGAGACAGUGUUUGUGUUUGUUGUUGAAAGUUGGAAUAUUGCUGUGAAUCUAGAUGGAAUCCUUCUCUUCUAACUCAGUGCUCAGUUUUCUUACUCGUCCCUUUACUUUCUGAAAAAGGUAAAUUUUUAUAGAAAGGAACACAAGUUCUUUUUUUUCUUCUUUUUUUGCCUCGUUGCUUUUAAGCACACUGUGUACCUAACGCAAAUCAAAAAAACAAAACAAAAAAACAACUCAAGCAAGGUAUUUUUGAAGGUAGCUAUAACGAAUGUAGCUAUGACACAUUUGUAACGUGUGCACAGUUCAUCCGAUCAGUUUGUUAUUGUAAGUGCUGAAGAUUUUGUAUUGCUGUUAGUGUACAUUCAGACUGUACAGUAACACCCAUAUAGAAGCAGGGUAACACGACACACACACACACACACACACACACACACACACACAAAACAACAUAUUUCAACUAUCAACAGCUGAAUGCCAAAUUAAGUUGUGACUGUGUGAACUGUCUUAUUGUUUCAAGGUCCUGAAUUGUUUUUCAGUUUUCCACCCGCCUCUGUUAGGUUUUUAACAGCAUUCAUUUGGUGAACACUGCCACCGCAUGUUCAGCUUGAUGUAAUGGCCCACAGACCCACAUAACUUAAAACAAAUACUGGAUUUCUCCAUUUGUUCAGUGACGUGCCAAUGUCAAGUUUGUUUUAUAGUCUAACCACCAGAGCUCUUGGCUUGGCCGACUUUCAUAGUAUGUUACACUGAUAAAUUGUACAUUUAAUGCAUUUGUGGUCCCUGUGGAGAUCAGUAUUAAGAUUACUGAGCUAUGAAUUUUGACAAAUUAGUGCUCUACAUUUGGCCAAAUGUAAAAACCCAUUAAGCAAUUACAAGACGUGUGCACAUUGUAACCAAGCAAUUACUGUUGUGUCCUUUGAAUACAGCUUCACCGUGGCUGGACAUGCAGAUAGCACCUAACCUCCAACAUACUGACAUGUUGGUUGUUUAGUAUUGUGCAGGCCUGACAUGGGAAAUAUCUCAGAUGAGUAGGUCCGACUUGAAACAUGGUUUGACAGUAGUGUCGAGCGCAAUGCAAGUAUUGAAUUGCUUUUUAAAAUAGGAUGAAAAAUGUAUGGAGUCUAAGUCACUGCCUAUGUGUGUCUGUGUAGGUGUGCUAUAUGUUUGAUGGUACUCCCUGAAUAGUGUUAACGUGAAACUUUUGCAAUAGGAAACCUUUGGACAAAGGGCCUUCUGUAUGAGUUUGUUGUUGCUUUUUAUAAAGUGAAGACUUACAAGCUUUGAUAGGCUGGCUUUUUUUAGUAUUGUAUAGAAAUAUAUACAAGAUGUAUUAUUGUGAAAUCCCCCCCCUCCCACUAAAUUGAAAGCACAAAUAGCUUACCUUUAUUUCACAACAUAAAUGCCAAAUAUAUUUCCAGAACUCAUAACUAUGAAAUUAACUUGUACAAUGCAAACACUAUUAGGUAUGUCAUUUCUCAUACAUUUCCCUCACUUUGUAAUGCACUUUCAUGUGGUUUUAUACACAUUUUAACUCGAAUUUGGGACACACUUUGGUUUUGAGGUGAAGUGAUAGAGGUGUUUGAAACGUAAACCACUACCUAUAGUCUGACAGAAGGCUGUUUUGUUUUCCCAAAAUGACCCUUUUUCCAUUAUAGACGAUAUGUUUAUGUUGAUGGGUUAAAGCGUCCUAUGAGGUCUGAAAUGCCACCGUGGCUGUCUGUUACUUAAAUGUUUUGCCACUUGAUGUUGAAAAAGCUUAUUCUGCAGCUACCACCAUACGUGUCUGCCUGUGACUUAUACAGUCAAGUUUUCUUGUCUCCUGCUUUUUGAAGGGUUCACUAUCUUCUCUUAGUUGGGAGACCAACUGGCCCUUACAUUGUAAAACUCGGGGCUGUGUGUGAAGUGUUAGCCAGGGCAGAGUUGUUUGAGGGAAUUUGUCAUGUGAGUUAGCCUUUUAAAUACUAAACGGGCAUAACGACAAGCAUAUUUCAAUGUAUUUGACCUCGAUUUUUUUUUUUUUUUCUUCCCUAAAUCUAGAGGUAGCAUGGGGGUGUUUUGCAAGACAGGAUCAAUGAGCAGGCAUGCUCACUUUGGCAACGCAAAAAAAGAAUUAACUUC